UAUUGAGUAACAGAAAGACAAAGGAGCAAAGCUCCAUUGAGGAGGAGGGUGUUUCAGUUUCGUUACUCUGAUUCUGAACCCUCCCAACUCCAACUCACAGCUCCAAAAGUUGGAAGCUUUAAAACACAUUCCUUCUAUUCAAUUCCCUUCCCCUAACCAAUCAUCAUCGCUGCGAUAAAUGCCAUAGAAAAAGAAGAGAUACAAGAAUGUCGUAUACGGGAUUUGGGAAGGGUUCUGGACCCUCUGCACCUCCCAAAUCCCAACCCCCUUUCGGCUUCAACAACUCUUUUCCUCGUCCUUCUUCUUCUCCUCCUCCUCCUCCUCCUUCUUCUUCUCUCCCAACCCCUCCUAGACCCAGAUCCAUUGAAUCUUCUGGUUGGAGUAAUGUUCAGAGACCUUUCUAUAGAGAUUUAGAAACUCAUACUCCUGUAAGAUCCACUCCUGUCACAACAUUUAUUGCUUCACGCGAUUCCACAAAUGGUGUUACAGCCAGAAUUUCUAGAUUUCCGAACCCAGAACGGACCAGAUCUCCCCCUGUGUCCUAUGAAGAUCUUGAUGAUUUGAGGGACCCUGACCAAACUGUCCAAAGAAAUAACCAGUCAAGUUCACCAGUUGAUGGUCGCGGUCAUUUACUUCAUUUAAAAUCACCACCACAAUCAGCUCCUUCAUUACCUUCAAAUCAUCACUCUGUUUGGAAUUCUCAAAGUCCCUCAACUUCUGUCCAGCAGCAAGCUUUAUCUCCCAGAGCAUGGAAUGGCCAAGCCAGUUAUGCUAACCCUUCGAACCAUCAAAACCUUUCCCCAGGCCCUCCAUACAUUGGUUCUCAGAAUCUCCAGAAUAAUGUUACAAAAGAACUUAACAGUCAAGGGUCAAAGAGGACUAGGUCACCUCCUUCAUCUUCUGCCAUCAGACAGGAAGUUGUUCAUAAAGAAUUUAGAAGGCCUUCUAUAUCUCCACCUAGAAUGACAAAUACGUCAAAUGUUCUAAGGACUGGGCCUCCUCAAAUGAAUCAAAGAUCCUUAACAUCUGUUGUUUCUGAAGCCACUGAUAGUGGGCCCAUCAGCUCCACUCCAACUAAGAGAGGAAGGUCUCCUCCUUCAUCAUUUCCGGUCAAUGAAACUGUUGAAGGCAACUCCAUCUCCAUAGAAGACAGCCCUGAACGUGAAGCGCUAGCCAAGGCAAAGCGUUUAGCUCGCUUCAAGGUAGAAUUAAGCAAAUCUGAACAGAAUAGUGCUGAUGUUGCUGACCAGAAGGCUUCUGCAAAUAGACAUGAACAGUCUGUGUUGGAGCAGAGAUAUGUUGGGGGGCAUGCGAUGGAUUCAGCUGGAAACUUCACUAAUGGCCAUGCUGUUUCUGAUCAUGAAGGCCUUGAAACAUCCAAAGUAAUUAUUGGCUUAUGUCCAGAUAUGUGUCCUGAGCCUGAGAGGGGAGAGCGUGAAAGGAAAGGGGACCUUGAUCAGUAUGAACGCUUGGAUGGAGAUAGAAAUGUAACCAGCAGACUUCUUGCAGUUAAGAAGUAUACUAGGACAGCAGAGAGGGAAGCAAGCUUGAUUCGACCUAUGCCCAUACUGCAGAAGACAAUUGAUUAUCUACUUUCUCUGCUAGAUCAGCCCUAUGAUGAGAGGUUUCUUGGUGCAUAUAACUUCUUGUGGGAUAGGAUGAGAGCAAUUCGAAUGGACCUGAGAAUGCAGCACAUUUUCAAUCAAGGGGCUAUUACUAUGCUUGAACAGAUGAUCAAAUUACACAUCAUUGCAAUGCAUGAAUUAUGCGAAUACACAAAAGGAGAGGGAUUUUCUGAGGGAUUUGAUGCUCACCUCAAUAUUGAACAGAUGAACAAAACUUCGGUUGAAUUGUUUCAGAUGUAUGAUGAUCACAGAAAGAAAGGAAUACUUGUGCCUACUGAAAAAGAGUUUCGAGGUUAUUAUGCUCUCCUUAAAUUGGAUAAGCACCCUGGCUAUAAAGUUGAACCUGCAGAGCUAUCCCUCGAUCUCGCUAAGAUGACUCCAGAGAUAAGGCAGACUCCAGAAGUUCUAUUUGCCCGCAAUGUAGCAAGAGCUUGCAGAACUGGUAAUUUUAUUGCCUUCUUUCGACUUGCAAGAAAAGCUACUUAUCUUCAGGCAUGUCUAAUGCAUGCGCACUUUGCAAAGUUGCGUACCCAGGCACUUGCUUCUUUACAUUCUGGUCUGCAGAAUAACCAAGGCCUCCCUGUUUCUCAUGUUGCUAACUGGCUUGCCAUGGAGGAUGAAGUUAUAGAAGACCUCUUGGAGUAUCAUGGAUUCUUGAUAAAGUCAUUUGAAGAACCAUACAUGGUGAAGGAAGGCCCAUUUCUCAAUGGUGAUACUGACUAUCCCACGAAGCGUUCCAAACUUGUGCACAAGAAAAAGUCUGAAACAAUAAUUGAGGAUGUAUCACCCUUGAGUCAAGCGGAAGUACCACCUGCGGUAACUAAGAUAGAGACAAGAAAGCAAAACAAGGAGGAGCCUCAAAUAGUUCCGUCCAUUGAAAAUGAUAGUUCUAGACAGAAGCUUGAUGAGGAAAUGCCUGACUCACAAGUUACGUUGUCCCCAAAAGAUAGCAAAGCAGGAAAGGCUAUCCCUUGGAUACAAAAUAAGGAAGAGCUACUUGGUCGUCAAGACAGUGGAAAAUAUCAUAAUAUGGCUAGCCCUAAACCAUCACCGGUCAACUUCCAAUUCCCUAAUAAAAUGCCUGAGCCACAAGUUACUAGUGCGCAUUCUGAUUUAAAUAUGAGAGGCUCUCCUAGUCCUAGGAGAAACUUGAACUUUAAUGUUGAUGUGAGACCAUUGGAGGUUGCACCAAAACCAGCUUCAUCUGAAAGUUCAUUAGUUAGUAGUAUUUUUGUGCCACUUCCUGUGGCCCAUGAUGUAUCCAAGGAUCAGUCUCUUGUUAUCCGCCAGGAAGAAAAUGAGGAUCAAGUGGAUGAUAACAGUGAAGACUUUCAAGAUAAAGAAAUUGCUGACGCCAAGCUGAAGUUGUUCUUAAGGUUAUGGAGGAGACGAGUGUCAAAAUUAAGGACGUUACGUGAGCAGAGGCAGUUAGCAACAAAUGCUGCAUUAGAGUCAUUGCCAUUGGGUCCUCCAAUUCGACAAUAUACAAAUCAACCUGGUAGCUUUGACAAGUUUGACAUCGAUACAGCUAUGAGGGAGAGAUGUGAAAAGCAGGAAAAGUCACAAGCAAGACUUAAUGUCUCAGAAAUAGUUGCCAAUACACUAGACAGAAGAAACAAAGAAGCUAAAUGCUUGUGCUGGAAAAUUAUUCUAUGUUCUCAGACGAACAGUGGAUAUGAAAUGGGAUCAGCAGGCUGGUGGUUGGCCUCCAAGCUCAUGCCUUCUAGCGACAAAGAUGUGAUUUUGUCAUCUCCUGGCUUAGCAAUAUGGAGGAAGUGGUUUUCUAGCCAACUCGGCACUGAUCCUACUUGCUGCAUCUCUGUAAUCAGGGAUACAGCACUUGGUAGAUUAGAUGAGGCAGCAUCUGGGGCGAACGCAGUUGUGUUUCUUGUUUCUGAGAGCCUUUCAUGGGAACUGCAGAGAAUUCAUCUCCAUAAUCUUCUGAACACAAUUCCCUCUGGAGCUUGCCUACCACUAUUGAUCUUAUGUGGUAGAUAUGACCAAGGGUUCUCUUCUAUUAUAAUGCAUGAACUGCACCUUCAGGACAUUGAUAAAUCACUGGUUAGUUGCUUCCGGAUUGUUUUCCUUAUUGAAAACCAGCAGGUGGAACACUUAAGUGGAUUUUUCAGUGAUCAACGACUGAGAGAGGGUCUGGAAUGGCUGGCAGGUGAAUCACCUUUACAUCCUACGCUUCGUUGUGUGAAAGUACGAGAACUUGUUCAUAGGCAUCUUAGUUCCUUAUCAGGGGCUCAGGACAUCAGCAGUAACUACAAGUUGGGUCCGAAUGACUGUAUCUCAUUGUUCAAUGAAGCCUUAGAUUGCUCAUUGCAGGAAAUUAUUCUAGCUGCCAAUUCAAAUCCUGCUGGUUGGCCAUGUCCGGAGAUUGGCUUACUUGACAAGUCAUGUGAUGAAGAUAGGGUGGUUAAAAGGUACUUGCCGAUUUUAGGAUGGAGCUCGAAAGCAAAAAUUAAACCAGUAAUUUGUGCUCUGCAAAACUGUAAGCUCCCGACGUUUCCUGAUAAUUUAUCCUGGUUGGCCGGAGGAUGUAAAGCUAGACAUGAAAUUGAGAACCAGAGGAUACAGCUCGAAAAUUGCUUGAUCCUGUAUCUGACUCAUACUUGUAAGAUGAUGGGAGCCCCAUUGGCAACGAAAGAGGCACAUGUCACAAUUCAAACCUGUUCUAGACUGGAGCUGCAUUGCUCAGGCUAUUGUGUAGUUCCUCACUGGGGCAUGAUUUUUCGUCGGAUUUUCAACUGGCGAUUGAUGAGUUUAUGUUGUGGGGAUAUCUCCAUGGCUUAUAUCUCAGAAUCUCAUGAUGUUGGUUUUCCAAGUUCGGAUCUUGAUAUGGGAUUUGAUGCAAGUUUCACUUCAUCUUAUAAUCUUAACCCUACUUUAGAUGAAUUAAUCAGUGUUAAUUUUGACACUCCUCUUCCUGUGAAUGGUCAUCCAGAGCCAAAAGCGAUUCAACAGAUUCCUCAGAAAGACUCAAAUGAUGUAUUUCAUAACGAGAGGAAUGCUGAAACCACUUUCCAUGCUGAUGCAAGCAUAAAUACAGCUUAUACUUUUGGUUUGAACAAUGUUAGCAGUGAAGCAUUAAUGAAAGAAAAUUCAACCAAAGAAGCUGAUCAGUUAAGCAAGUUGUUGGAACAGUGUAACUUGUUGCAGGAUGGCAUAGAUAAGAAGCUCUCUAUAUACUUCUGAGUGGCUUGACUUUUUGUAUACUUAGUUUUUCUAAGGUGAUGUUGAUUAGGAAAUUUUGUAUGAUGAAUUCUUUUUUAUAUUUAUUUGGUUUCCAUGAGUUCACACAUUGGAAAGGAAUUGAUACAGUGAACAGAAAAGUUUUUUAACUGUUAAUUGUGUAAAAAUGUAGUAAAGUUUAACACACUAUUUAGCAAUAAAAUUGGCAGAAAAUUUAAUUGUGUA